AUGUCCUUCUCGCCGCCAUACAAAUACAUUGAUGCUGAUGCACUGGCAGCCAUGCUAAAGAAGCGAAAGGCUGCGCCGCACACUGUGGCUGUGGUCGAUGUGCGAGACGACGAUUAUGAAGGUGGUCAUAUUGUUGGCGCCUUUCAUUCCCCUUCGUCGACGUUUCUCGACAAGGUGAACACCCUCCUGGAGCCGCUGCAGCCCUAUGAUCGAGUGGUGUUCCAUUGUGCACUCUCUCAGCAGCGUGGUCCCAAGGCAGCGCGCAUCUACCGCGAAAUCCGCGAUGCUGCGAUCGAGGCUGGCCGCUUCCAUCACGCAGCGCAAGAAGUCCUAGUCUUGCGCGAUGGAUUCGGCUACUUUGGUCCGAAAUAUAAACAUGAUCCUACGCUUGUUGAAGACUGGGAUGAGGAGGCAUGGCAGUAUAGUGACUUUAUUCUGGACGGCAUGGCGCCGGAUGAAACGGUGCCUGAGAAGGCCGUUUCUUCUUCGGUCCAUGCGAAAGAUGAUAUGUGCCUUCACGAACGUCCAUCCCUGAGGCGUCGGCGCAGUGUCGGGCACGAAGACGACGCUGGCGACGUGAGUUUCAGUGAUUCUGCGAGUACAUUCUCGGUGGUCGAAUCGCUGGAUUUAGAGCCUUCGUUGCCAUACUGGCUUGCCUAUGUACGUGCACGUAUGAGUGAGUACGCCGAGGAUAUGGAACGGCUCGUUCAUACCCACCAUGCCAAUCGUAUGGGUCUCCUUGUGCCGUUAGAACACAUCGAAGCGCGUCUCGGUGCUGCGUAUGCGGCUGUUAUGCGGUAUGCACAUGAAAUACCCAGUCCCUCUACGCUUGAGUGGAUGGACCGUAUGCCUUCGCGGCAGGACGUCGUCACAUCUGUGUACGCUAUGAUGCACGACUGGGAACGUCGCGCUAGUACAUUCCAUCCCUCCCUCUUUUCCAAUGGGACCAUGUCAGCGCCCGAGUGGGCGACCAACAUGCCAUCCACGGCUGCUCAUCUUUCUGAGGAAGUACAGCGCCGCGUCACGUACAUCCGCGAGCAUGUGAACCAACUUACGCUGCAGUCUCUGAUCGACAAAUCGUCAGAAAUCGCCCACGAGGCCCAGGUCUUGUCGGGGCAAAUGUACCCGUCCGAUUUGAUCCACAGGUUCGAAGAGAAGCUGGAGUAUGUGCGUGAACAUGGCCGACAAGCUGGGGCCCAGAUUGCUCAUGCCGUGCACGAUGUGGAAGAUGCCCUGUACCAUGCUGCGUUGCAACUGGCGAACGGCGGCCGUGAGCUGAUUUCGUACCAUGCUUUACCGGAGUUGUGGCGCAACAAUGACUUUAUCAUCACAGGGUAUCGCUUCAUUCCGGUAAAAAAUUGGAAGUCGCUUCUGUAUAGCAUGUUCCAAGUGCACAACGAGACGGGCAACAUUCACACACACGUCGCAGGUCUCAUUCUCGUUGCUGCACUGUUUUGGUUUACAGGUGUGCUGGACCAACACACGACGGCCAUGGAUCGCUGGAUCCAGACCAUUUACUUGCUGGCGGCAGCCAAAUGUCUUAUUUGCUCUGUGACAUGGCAUGUCAUGGCAGGCUGCUCGGACUUGGAUUGGUUCUUAUGCUUUGCGUGUCUGGACUACACCGGUAUAUCAUGGCUCGUGGCUGCAUCCCUAGAGACAUUGGUCUACAAUGGCUUUUACUGCCAGCCGGAUUUGGUUGCGAUUUAUACGGUCGGCGUGGUUGCGCUUGGCCUAACGAUGGCUAUUUUGCCGUGGCAGCCAUGGUUUAACGAUCUCAAGUACCGAACAAUCCGCAUUUCCCUUUUCAUUCUAAUGGCUAUGAUGGGCAUUGUGCCUUUCGUACAUGGCGGCUUCCUUCAUGGAUUUGGCCCCAUGAUGCGGUUUUUCGCUCCGAUCAUUCCCAGUGAACUCUCCUACAUUGUUGGCGUGAUCGUGUACGGCUUCCGCUUCCCUGAGCGUUUCGCACCUGGCCGCUUUGAUAUUGUCGGUCACUCGCAUCAGCUCUGGCACAUUGCCAUUGUGCUGGCGAUCUACUUCCAUUACCGAGCGAUUCUGCUCUUCCACGAAAACCGAUUUGAGUACAGCUGCGCGGCUGGGUAUACUUCCUCGGCAUGGGCGCAGUUCUUCUCGCACGAACUCCAUGACAUACCCCGCCGUGUAGGUGCAGCAUUGCUCUCUGGUACAUCGUCUGUAAUAUAG